AUGCCUCCUAACUCAUCUGCGGCAUUGAAGAAGCAGCAGAUUACUCUUUCGCAAUUAUCAUCGUACGAUGAUAUACUAACAGAUGCUCUUGUCGACCAUGCGUACUACUGGACCGCAAUCCCCAAGAACCGCCCGUCUUAUCACCCUUCGCGAGGUGUAAAAGAAGAGGAGAUCGCCAAGAUUAUCCAAUCUCAUCUUAUUGUCGACCCUAAUAUCGAAAUUGCCGAGUCUAAAUUACUUGCGACAGACGGGUUGCGUAAAUUCCAUGAUGCGCUCAGGACUCCGAAAGAAAAGGCCGACUUCCGAGCCCAUCUUCGUCGGUACAUGCAAAUCUACCUACCGGACUGUCCCUUUGAGGUCAGCUCGACCAACCGAUAUACGAUCGUUACUCACGAAGCAGCAGUGACUGCGCGCAAGUUUGUCAAGAAGGGUCAGCCAGUCAAGUACUUGUCUGGUAUCCAGGUGUUGAUCACAGAGAAGGAGGAGAAGGAACUCUCCAAGAGGAAGAAAGAUUUUAGUAUCGUGGUUAGCGCGAGGAACAAAUGCGCAAGCUUGUUCAUGGGACCUGCGCGAUUCGCAAACCAUGACUGCGAAGCUAAUGCGCGUUUGAUGAUCACUGGUCAAGCCGGAAUCGAGAUCAUCGCUGCAAGGAAUAUCGAAGUAGGGGACGAGAUUACUGUUACAUACUCCGAGAACUAUUUCGGAGCCGACAAUUGCGAAUGUCUAUGCCGAACGUGCGAGAAUAACUUGAUAAACGGAUGGGCACCAGCCGAUGGUACCGUAGCCCUGAAGAAGAGCAUCGAAGCAACUACUGCGGAGGGAUACUCGUUACGUCACAAGAGGCGAGAUAAUAGUUGCGCGUCUGCAUCCCGAACCCCCUCCGUCACGCCGGAUAUCCGACCCCGAAUUUUAAAGACCCGAUCCAGGACGCUAAAAGGAGAUUCUGAGAUGGGAUCUGCAUUUGGGUCUCCAGCACCCCAGGGCAUCUUACGCCAAAAGCGGAAGCGAGAGUUCGAGUCGCUACAAUCACCGCCAGUUACUCCUAACAAAAAACUAAAGGUGUUGCAGUAUGACGUUGAGGCUAUGCCAGCUCCUCUAAGCUUAUCUAGACAAAGUAGCGACGAGGGUUCAACCAGUACCAGCUCUUCAGAAAGGGAGAGUAUAGAUAUGGUUCUGACGGAUGCCACAACGCCCGAAGAAGACGUUAAAGAGCCUAUCUUAAAGUCGCCGACCCUAACGCCUGCGAAACUAUUAACUGGUUCUCUUAAGCAGGAAGACUCAGAGGCAUCUCCACUUUCUGAAAUCACCUACACACCUUCAAAUCUUGAAGUCCAAGACUCGAUAGCUGUUGUACCACUACCUACGGUUGAGAGCAUUGUUCAAAUCGACAGCUCUAUACUGACCCCUCCAGCUAGCCAAGUUGAGGAACCGCCAUCAGAUAUCGUAGAACUUCCAGCCCCCAUCGUUGCUAUCACACCCAUCUCUACCUCGACGCAAGCCGUUACCUCCACUCUUGAGGAGACGGAGUCCUCGAUUUCAACUAAACAGCCUAGCCCCAAACGAGGUCGCCCCAGGGGUAGACCGCCAAAGAGCGGCCUUCCAACUGUUAGCCACGCAACCGAAGAGUCUACACCUCUAUCUCGUACCCGAACCCCUGGAGAUUAUACUCUUACCCCAGUGCUACUUUCUGAGCCUAACACCGCCUGGAUACAUUGCACCGUGUGUAGCGAGCCAUUUGUGCAGUACAAUGCCUAUUAUACGCGAAGUUCCUGUCCACGAUGCGAGCGUCACUCUAAGUUAUACGGCUACCAGUGGCCUAAAACUGAGAAAGAGGGUAAGCACGAUAAAGAAGAGCGCGUUCUAGAUCAUCGUACAGUCCAUCGAUUCUUAACAGCAGAGGACGAAGCAAGAAUCCGCGGACGAAAGUUACCUUCGGUGACUACUACAACUACUCCUGAGAAGGAGACUCCGGAGAAAAGGGGAAGAGGCCGACCUCGGAAAGUACGCCCCGAACUAGGCCUCGAAGAUGAAAUGCACAACGAAGAAGACGACGAACUUGGUAACAUUAGACGAAGUCAAGAAAACGACAACCGAGUAUAA